AUGCGUUCUCUUCAGUUGUUGCAGUUAACAGAGCAUGGUCGAAAUGCUUUGUCUUCACGAAGGUAUUCAAUGUUCUAUUAUCUUUUAAUCAAAUGAAGUCCAUAAAAAUCUAUUAGUUUAAUCAGAGGAUGGACCUAUACUACUGGGUAUACAUGUGAAUUAUGAAACUAUAAUGUUGCGUUGGUGUCAUACAGCUCAAAUAUGUUGCAGAAUCACCAGUAAAUGAUUCAACAUGCCGUAAUAAUUGGAAAUUGGAAGAUUUGGUGAGCCAUCUUGGUAUCGAUUAAAAGGCUUAUGUGUUGUAAAACUUUAAGGAAUAAAAUAUUCAUUGAAUUGAUUCAUCUCUGCCCUUCCUAUCUUUCACGUGGAACUCUCAUCUCUACUAUACAGUUUCUUUGUUAGUGUGUUUUUCUUUCUUUUCCUGCUUCAUCGUUAUCACAACUGUUGCUUUUGGUCUACCACAUCUGAAGAAAGUCAAUUGUGUUCUUGCCAACAUUUUUAAAAGAGGCAUCCUCGUUAUAAAAAAAUAAUCCCAUGUUCUAACUGCAUUUAGUCUGCAUACUGAGUUUGGAGGAUUGCCUGAUAAGAGGAUCCAGAUUCGAUUGAAGCGGCUUACUCCUAUCCAUUUUGACUAUCAUGACCCUCUUCCUGCACUCGUUUUAUGGUAUGUCAUCCUUUUGAUUUUGCUUUGAACUUGCAAGUGCAGUUGCGGAAGGACAAACUCUUCAGCCCUAAUCUCACUUAGGAUUUUUUUAUGUGUAAACCACUUGGACACUUGCAUCUCGUGUAGACCCAUCUAUUUUGGCAGUUAGUGACUUAUUAUCUGAUACCAUGGAGAGGUCCUUUUAAUUUUGACUUGGCCACCAUUACUGAAGCUGAAAAGAAAUUAAUAUAGGUCGUAUCAUGGCUUAUUUUCUUGAUAAGCACUCGCAGAAGUUUAUAAUCCAUGUUUUUUCGAAGGUUUUUGGUACCAUGUGUUUCUUUAGAAGCUGGUUUGUGUCACUCUUAUACUAAAUGUCGACUCGAAAGUGCAAAAUACUAAACUGAAUAAUCCAGAGGUUAAAUAAUUGGGAGGAAUAGUUAAGAGCUGCAUGUUUUUCUUAUUCCUGACCAUAUUAGGUAGUCAUACUUGAAGAACGUGUCUCGUUUUAAUCGUCCUUGACAGAUGGAUAUCUGCAAUACAACGACAUUAAGCGUAUCUUGCAUAUUUCUUAAUUUUUUGGAUUUUCCUGUUUUCUUUCUCUCCAUAUGUAGCCCAUUAGACAGUUGGUGUAACUUCCUCCAAUCAAGAUUAGCUGCUAUACAUAAUAGAGAAACCUAACUUCACAGCAUUUAAGAUUUUUCUGAACUGACCUGACAGUGGACACAUAAUUUGGUACCACUUAUUAUUUGUAUAAAAGAGAAGAUCACGGGAAUAGGUUUCUUUCAGAUAUUUUCCAGAGUUUUUUCGUCAUCUACGAAAUGAAUAUAGCCAAAAGAUAUUAAAAAAAUUCUAUGGAGAACUUCAUAAAGAUUUACUGAUUGAAGUUCACAAGUGAGCGUUUACAUGUUUUUCCGAAAUGAUAUUAGUAUGUUCAUUAUUUUCAUAUAUAUAUAUAUAUAUGUUUUUAUUAUGCAUAACUUCCUUUUCUGAAAGAUAGUUCCUUCCAUUCAGAUUAAUUAAGAAGAUAUGACCCUACCAUCACUUGUAACGGUGCUGGCAGGUCUCCUUUUAAAAUUUGAAGUCUCAUGCAUGCUCGUUGCUGUAUUUCCUCUAACUGUCAAUUUUUAACAGGAGAACUCUGGCAGUAGUAACAGGAGUUCUUCUUGCUGGUGGAACUGCUGCAUAUGUUCAGUCACGAAGACAAAGCAAGUUCACGGGGUCAGAUUCUAGUGGUUCUCAAAUAGGGCCUAAAAACAGUCAUGGAGAAUCAAAUGAAAAUGGCCUAGAUGCCAUCAUCAGGAGAAGAAGGCAAACGAGGGGUAGUUUGAAAUCUCUACAGGUUCUAAAUGCAAUAUUAUUAUCUCGGAUGGGACCAAUGGGGAUGCGAAACAUUCUGUUAUUAAUAGCCACAGUGGUGAGUUUCCUUCGAAUUUUUCUGUGUUUUCUACCUUUAUUGAUGGUUUCCUGGAAAGGAGAUAGUUUUGAGCUGUAAACCGUAAGACUUAUUUUGUAUAAUCUGAAAGUCAAAUGAAUUUGUGGACGCCAAUAGAUGCAAGUUGAGGAUUUCACAUUUACUCCAUGGCUUAUUUGACCAUAGUCCUUUUCUUGAACGUAUAAGUAAAUGGUGGAUACUAGGGCCUCGUGUGGACUCUUUUUUUUUUAAUCUGGCCUGAUGUUCAUUGUUUAUAAAUUUUGAAAAUUAUCCAGAUUUAACAGUUCAGGAGAACAUCCUUGUUCGGGUGGAGAAUAAUGUUUACAUAAUUUCGAAAGGUCCAUCUGUCCAUUUUUUUACUAAAUUGUAUUAAUAAAAAUAUCUUAGAUUUUUUGCAAGCAUGCCCCUUUUCUGAAACCAUGCUGUAAGCAAGCACUUUCCUUAUGAACUAGUGGAUUCCCCUGAUCUAGUCUGCUAGGGAUGAUAAUUGGACACAGUCAAAAUUCGGUUCUGGCUCAUGACCAUGUGGUUAAUGGCUCACUCGUAUUAUGAGUCAAUCAAGUGUCCUAUCCAGUAUCAAGGUUUAACAUUACUAGACAAUAACACAUGGUUGGAUUGGGAUCAUUUGUAGAUUUGACCAGAUAGAUUUUGUACAAGUUGGUUUUUAGGACAGGAUCCCACCAUCUCCCGUUGUCAGGGUGACUAAAUAUAGAUUUGGAAAGGAUUAGAGGCUUUUCUAAAAAAGGGGUUUCGUAUGUCUAGUACAAUUAAACGAAGAACGCAGUGGUAGGAGUGUUGAUUUCGUUAAUAGGUCUCCGUUGGCCUAGUUAUUGUGGUAGUUGGAAAAUGAUUUAAAAAAAAACUCAGGACGGAGGAUUGUGAUGGAUAAAAAAAUAUAAGAACUUUAGCUAUUGCACUUUGAAAAAGGAAACCUUUUUUUUCCAUUAUCAUGUAUUUGGGAGGAAUAAAUGACUAUUGUGAUACAGUUGAAAUAUGUUCAAAAUUGACUCAUAGACUUUGGAAACGUGUGCCCAAAUGAUGAGGACAGGUGGAAUACAGAGAUUGAAAUCAAUAUGAUGGGAGAUGCCACCUAGUGAAGAGUAGUAACAGAUAAGAACAUGCCAUAUUCUCUCAUACGAUAGCAUCAAGGAGAAGGAAGAACGACAUUUGGAUUUCACGAGUGAAGAAAACAUCAAGCUGCAUACUAGUCAUUUUUGUAAAAUAUUAUUUAUAUUUCCUUAGUAUACCAUUGACCCAUCCAACUCAACAAUAGCUGACAAUGAGUGAAAUAGGCUUAUCUUUGUAAUCACUUAUUUACUUUUGCCAUACCAAUGGGUCACACUUCUUAACAUUGUUAUUCAUAGGCAAGUAACACUUUAAGUUCUGUUAUGUGAAUAGCAUGUUCUGGAUGCAACCCAGUAACAACCCAUGUUGUUGUUAUUAGUCCAUCCAAUCAAAAUCAAAUAGAAUAGGUCUAUCUCUGGAUUAUAAGAAAUCUUAUGCAUUGCUUUGAGAAAUGGUCUCAUUUUGGUGGAAUUUAUGUUUGUUUUUAAGUACUCAUGCUUUUUCUCAAAUCUUUUGCCGUCAUAUUUACAUUCUUUUAUCUUUCACCUGAUCAGUUGAAUGAUGGUAUUAUUUGACAUGUAUAUUGAUGUCUUCAUGUGAAUGUGUAACUAUUUUUCUGAAAGAUCUUCAUGUAGACUGGAACACUGACAAGUUUGUAUCCAUUUUAGGUAUUGCGAACUGCCCUUAGUAAUAGAUUGGCCAAAGUGCAAGGGUUUUUAUUCCGAGCUGCAUUUCUGCGACGAGUGCCAGCCUUUUUCCGCCUCAUUGCUGAAAAUCUUUUAUUAUGUUUUCUUCAUUCAACAUUAUUGUCCACAUCUAAGUACUUAACAGGGGCACUAGGUUUACGUUUCAGGAAAAUAUUGACUGAGCUUAUCCAUGGCGACUAUUUUGAGGUACUUACAAUCAUUUCUUUUGGAUGUUCUUUUAACCACGAAGGGUACUAUUUGUCGUUUGUUUUCCUCCUUGGUAUAAUGUACUAUCUUAUGUACGAUGUGGUUAAGCCUUAAUUCAGUCAAACUAGAGACAACUUUCUUUGCUUUUAUCGCAUAGCAGAAUGAGGAAUAUGCAACGAGUUUAGUAGCAUCAUUAUAUAUGUACAUAUAUAUGACCAUUAGAUAAAAUUGAUAUGUUGUGUCCAAACAACUUGUAUCCUAUGGGGGGGGAAAAAAUAGAGUUGAACGGAAUGUUUGUCAGCUCUAGUAAACUACUCAGAUAGCAUUACGUCCGUGAGCUUUUGACAUCCUAUUUAAAAUAAUGGUAUAUUGUGUGUGUGGUUAGAUGUAUGGUAAUAAUGAACAACUUAGUUGACAAUAUAGCCAUAAUGGGAUGAACAUUAUUGUUCCAUUAAGCAGUAGGCAUUUGAGCGUACUCCUUUUUUGCUAGAUUUUUCUACGGUGAUUGUGGAAAGAGAAUUUGCAUACACAAUGCUGUGAUGGCAUGCAAGAUGAAUUCCAAAAAGGUCCAUGGAUAAUAUCCGGAAGUGAUUAAUGAAAAUAGGGCUGGAAGAGUGCAAGGUGUACAAUCAACAUCGAAAGUACAGUUUCGAGGGUGUGCCCCAAGUGUGAGAUAUGUAAUGAUGGUAGACACUGGGUUUUCUAAAUGAAAUAGUGGGAUAUUUUUUUGUUUUUUUGCCUAGGUAUUGUGGAGCAUCGUCUUUUAAAGAAUAUUUCCCAGUAGUUUGCGGAGCAAAGUUGCUAGUGCCACAGGGAUAGCUAUUUUGAUUUUAUGGCGGUGGGAGGAUGGUGGGAUCAAAGUUUCAAAAGUAUUUAUCUGUAAUAAAAAGUUACACAAAUUGAACUUCUCCUUGGCCUAUGUUAGGAAGACCAGUGCCAGUGGGAUAGACCUACCUCCAGGGAUUGAAAUAGUAAAGAGGAAAGUUUCAGUCUGACCAGUCUAUUAUUUCAUGGGAGAUUGAGGUUUCAUAAACCAGGUGGGCUCCUCAAAUUCUCGUUUACCUCUGGAAGGAUUUGAUUUUAUAGAAUUUCUCAUACGAUGUUACUAUUUGAAAUCAGCUUCCUGCCUUUAUUGGCUACUGGGAUUGACCACAGUGGCUGCAUGUAACUUCUGUCGCUGGUACUGCCCUAGAUUUCCAACUCUUGUCGUUGGUAUCAUGAGAAAUGUGAGAGGGGAAGAGAGGCAAGCUUCAAUUCCAUCCGUAUCAGUUUUAGCUAGGGCAGCUGGCACUGCCCUAGAUUUCCAACUCUUGUCGUUGGUAUCAUGAGAAAUGUGAGAGGGGAAGAAGGCAAGCUUCAAUUCCAUCCGUACCAGUUUUAGCUAACAUAAGUAUAUAAAUUAGAAAAUUAUAUAUACAGCCUUUUUAAAAUUGAAUUGGACUUUUCCCUCAAAUCCACCAGUUUACUAGUCAUCUUGAUCAGCACGGCUGAUCUGGAUACCUGUAUGGAUUCUGGUACUGUGCUUCUUGGAACUUAUACGAAGGAUGUCUAAAUGGGUUACAUGUUUCUCGUGGACAAAAUUUCAUUUGAUGUUUGGCAUAUGCUACACAAAAAACAGUCAUCAUCCAUCUGAACUAAUGGAGUCGUUGUGGGCAUGUUGUCGUCAAUGAUGGAUCUUUAAAAGUGAUCACUGAAUAUUGUGCUUUAAUUUACUUCAAAAUUUUUGAGCCAUUUGCAACAGAAGGACACUUGGAUUUUCGGGCUGCAGAGCUACACUGUAUAGAGGUGUUUUCUUGUAGUGUUGAUGGUAUGGGAGGGUAAGGUUACUUCUUGUUGUAGAAAGGGCGAUACUUGUUUAUUUUGGGAGGGUUGUCAGAGCACCUCCUGCUCAACGGCACACUCUGUGGUGGCUGUAGAUUGUCGACUCCAUCUUGUCUUGUUUGCAGACCCUUUUUUGAUCAUUGACCUUCAUUCUCGAUCCUGAAACUGAAUCUCAUAUGAGCACAAAACUAGGAUCUUCUUGUUGCCACUAGGAAAGGGACAAGACAAUAUGCACAAAACGACCUUUAUAUCCUCUUGCACAUUUCCUGUCCUUUAAAACAUUUUCCACAAUCUCAUAGAGACUUCCUUAUUAAUUUAAACACCAUUGUCAUCUCUAUCACCUUAUUUAAGUCAUUGUCCAAUAAGGAAUGGAAAGAUGCCAUGAAUGAGGAGAUAUAAGUAUUAGAGAAGAACAAAAUUUGAGAGUUAGUGAGACUGCCAGCAGGAAAGAGAUCCGUGAGGUGUAAGUGGGAGUAGAGAAUGAAGUAUUGAGCAGAUAGAUCUAUGGAGAGACACAAGGUUAGGUUGGUUGCCAAGGGCUACACUGAGACAUAUGAGGUUAAUUACGUAAGGAACUUUGUCAUGAUUGCAAAGAUAGAACACUAUCAGAAUGGUGUUUGUCAUAUGCAGCUAAUUAUGGCAGGGAGUUGCACUAGUUUGAUGUUAAAAACGCAUUUUUGUACGGUGAACUAGAGGAAGAAAUUCAUGUGGAGAUCCCACUAGGUUAUGAAAAUAAUUUGGUUGUUCACACUUACUCUUUCCUCCAUUCUUACCAUCUCUUUUUCAACAGCUUAUCUUAUUCCACAGCUCAUCUCCCUCUCGUCUUCCUCUCAUUUGACUCAUUUCUUGCCAGUUCUAGUCAAGGGUAAUAUGGUGGUCGUAUUGAAAGAAAAUGGGUAACUGUAGUAAAGCAUUGGUUCUUUAUGAUGAGUUGUAGCAUGCCAGACUGGACGAAGCAAGAACAGCUAUACAUCGAAGUAAAUUAGCGUCGUUAAUCUUAGUUAUUGCUGCUUCUGUCAAUCAGGUUAUGAUACUUCAAUACUCUUUCUUUUGACGGCGUUCUUCUUAUUUUAUUCUGUGUCAAUUGAAGUAACUUCCUCCCCAGAAACACUGCAUUUAUAGUUUAUGAUGUAUUAUCUCACUUAUUGGUUGAUCUAAUGGAUUUUCAUGAUGCAGAAUAUGGCAUAUUACAAAAUAUCACAUGUUGAUGGACGAAUCACCAAUCCAGAGCAACGAAUUGCCAGUGAUAUACCAAGAUUUUGUUCAGAAUUGAGUGACCUUGUUCAGGAUGACCUCACUGCGGUCACUGACGGUCUGCUCUACACAUGGCGUCUCUGUUCUUAUGCAAGCCCAAAAUAUGUGUUUUGGAUACUGGUAUUUCUUUCCGCUGGACACUUGAGGACUCAGUUCUCAACCUUAUCUUUACGGAAAAACUUGUGCUCUUCCUUCCUGCUCCAUGGAAAUACAUAUCACCUUCAUCAUAUUUGAUAAGAACAAAAGUUCUUUCUUUCUGCCGUGGAAACAUGCUCAUUGCGGCCACUGAUGACCUUUUAUUCAGUAUUGUGCAUGUUUAUUUUUUAAUAAAACCAUACUGUUACGUCGUCUACUAUAGCAAAUAAAGAAUAGGGAAUUAUGUUACUUCAGUGACUUAAGAAUCUCCUAGCAGCGGUUCCUAGGUUCCCUAUAUUCCCCCUUCUCCUUCUUGUCAUCAGGAAAGUAGUGAUGAUCAUGCUUGCUGUUUGUGGAACUUCGUUCCAUUCUGAUAAUGGGAAGACAACAAGCAUGGUAGUGACAAGUGCCAGUGGUACUCCUCACACAACAAUCAUCUCUGUCUGCCUUCCAAAAAGUUUUGGCCAAUCUGAUGACAUAAUAGACUGUUUUAAAGAAUUGUCGUGUUAGCAACUCUUCUCAUCAUUGCUGCUAUUGUCACCCACUGAGAAGCCGAAUAUUCUGUUACAGCCACUGUUGCCAUCUAUCACUUUUGUUUCCUUUCCUGAUAAUGUUUCACAUGACCUUAACCCUCCAUCGUUUGUCAUCUUCUUCUGCCUGCCCCGCUUCUUCUGUUGGUGGAACAGUCAUUACCGACCUCCUCUCCAUUCCCUAUAUCCUAAAUCUGACCAGAUGGGCAAGCUUUUGUCACAUUUCGACUGUAUAAUUCCCAUUUUUUCUGUCAAAUUACAAUGCUCUCACGUGUCAGAUUUGGCUUCCAUCUUCAUGUUAGUUAACUGUGAUAUCGUGUUUUAUUUCAUAAAUUUUCAGGCAUAUGUACUAGGGGCUGGGACUAUGACCAGAAAAAUCUCUCCUCCGUUUGGAAGUCUGAUGUCAAAAGAGCAGCAGCUGGAAGGCGAAUAUCGACAACUUCACUCACGGUUAAGAACCCAUGCUGAAAGUAUAGCAUUUUAUGGAGGAGAAAACAGGGAAGCAUCGCACAUCAGUCAGAAGUUCAAGGCACUUGUUAAGCACAUGAAUCUUGUUCUUCAUGACCACUGGUGGUUUGGAAUGAUUCAAGACUUCUUGUUGAAAUAUCUUGGUGCCACAGUAGCAGUAAUACUUAUAAUUGAGCCUUUUUUCGCUGGAAAUCUGAGACCUGAUUCUUCAACCUUAGGAAGGGCAGAAAUGCUUAGCAAUCUUCGAUAUCACACAAGUGUUAUUAUAUCUCUGUUUCAGUCACUCGGGACUCUAUCAAUCAGUUCACGGAGAUUGAAUCGCCUGAGGUGAGUUCUUUAUGAGCAUUUUCUGCAUUGGUAAUUGCGAAGCUUGGUUUAUUUUAGUUAUUUAAGAUUCGAGAUCGCUGUGCACCCUUUUUUAUUGUUUAAAUGACUUCAUGUUUUGACACCGGCAUAUCCAUAUUUUUUUAGUUUUGACUGCGUAUGAUUUCUAUUCUUGCACCUAGCCCGGUUACAUUGCGUCUUUUGUCAACAUUCGUAAUUUUAUUUGAAGGGGAAGAUGGGAGUUCACUUGAAUUUGAGUUUUAUGUAGACUAAUGAAUAAAAAGGUUAAAAACUAAUCCAUAGUACAAGUGGAAAUAACUGCUUUUUGUUCCCGCUUCACAAAAUAAGUCUUAUGUGUGUGAUGAUUUGGUUUGAGAAAUUGGUGAACAUCAGGGAAAAACUAAUGAAAACCGAUAAACUGAUAAUAGUAGACUUGACGUCAUAAUCGAAUGCCAAAAUGAUCAUCUGUGGUUCAUGAUUUAUUGAGGCCUGGAAUAUCAGUCUUAUCAUUAUUUUGUUUAGGCAUCUUUCUGAUGGAGGGCAGAACCAUCUUUGCUCCUCAAAAUAUAAGGAUGAUUUCCAAGCUUAGAUUAGAACGAUUUUUAAAUUACACCUUGAAUUUUGGGAUAAUUUCUUAGCUUUUAGUUAGGACAUUGAGCAUUUAUUUAUAAGGAUAAUUUCUCCUCGUUCUUUUCUCAUCAUUUACUGGCAAACAAUUCUAGUGUAGAAUGAUGGAGACGAACGGUUUUUAUAUGAUUUGAUUUUGCAGAAUGAUGGAGAAACGGUUAAUGUUUACAAAGAGAACCAGCUCACGGUUGAUGUAUUUUACAGUGAAUCAUGUGUAAUAAGCCAUCGAUGACUGCCAUUAAGAUUGUGAGAGUAGUGAUGAACGGUUUUAUUACAGUUUUUUGUCAGCAUUUGGCAUCUUGAAGCUGCCAAUACCAUUAAAAGUUGCUAAUAAGUGAAAGGGCUUGAAAUGUGGAAACAUCAAUGAGAUCUUUCCAACUUAAGGCUGUUGAUGAUAAACAAAAUGUUAAAUUUACGACAUAUCAUCUUAGGUAGGAACUUGUCUGUAUUUUAUCUCAUUGUGGCGGGUCAAUGCCCUCAAGAAAGCAUUACUGUCCUACACUAAAUUUUGGGAGCCAAUCCUUGACUCAAGAUACUGAGAAAAUGUUUCUGUUGCUCUGCUUGAUUGAGGACAUUUCAGUAUUAGGAUAGAUGAUUAUGAAUGUGAGAAGACGAAAGGAAGGUCCAUUCAUUUUUUAAUUGUAAAUAGGGCGCCAAAAUGCCAUUUCGGUCAAUUAUGGCAAAUGGAAACAUAACAAUUUCUAUUAAGUUCACGUUUCUUGCCAUCUAAUAUGAUAUUCUGUUGUAUAUCCAGCUGAGUUAUUAUCUUGGAAUAAUACUGAUAUUAUUAGCUGUAUGUACCUCUAGUAAACUUCCUUCUGUUGGUAGGUCCAAAAUAUAUGGCCCUAUGUGGCUAUUUGUGGCAAUAGGCUUUAAUCAAAGUCCCUUGGAGACCUUAUUCUAGGUUGGGUGGGAUAAACUUUUGUUUCUAUCAAAAAAAUUAUCCGUUUAUUCCUUCAAAAUGUUAUGCUCCACUUAUGGAGCUACCUGGAUGUGACCCGUAGUCAGGCAUAUUUGUAAAGGUGGGAGUCUACGUAGGGCGUCUAUAUGUUAAUGUCCCUGUGGUGAACUAUUUGAGUUUGUUUGUAUACUAUUGCUCUAAGAGAACUAGGGUCCAGUGCCAAUUCUUUACGGAUUGGGAUGACCCUGCCUGAAACUACUUGAAUGCAAAAUCUGAGCUACAACUACAUAGAUAUCAGAACAUCAUGCCAUUUCCAACGCUUCAUACUUAUGUUCUUUUUUCAGGAAUAUGUUCGCUGAAGUAUUAUAAGUAAUGCAGUUGGGAAUGAUUAGUCUUGUGCUGUAGUUUUUAUUUCAUUACACCAUUUUUUAUUUAUUUAUAUGCUAUUUUUUGUAUCUUGCCACUGAUAUAUUUUUUAUUUAACAGUGGCUUUGCUGAUCGAAUUCAUGAGUUGAUGAUCAUAUCCAAGGAACUAUCUGCUACCAGUGACAAAACACUAGUCCAAAAUAAUGCAAACAGGAAUUACUUCACGGAAGCAAAUUACAUUGAAUUUUCAAAUGUAAAGGUAAUCGUGAAUUUAAAAAAGGAUAUGGUUGCGUAAUUCCUGUCUUUUAACGUUAUAUUUUUUUAAACCACUAAACAUUUUCUAGAAUGUUCUAAUAAUAAGUUAUAUCAGGUUGUCACACCAACAGGAAAUGUAUUGGUGGACGAUCUGAGUCUUAAGGUUGAACCAGGUUCCAAUCUUCUUAUCACAGGUAAUUUUGAACUGUUCACUUUAGAGUAACCUGCACUUAAUUAAUUGGCUGGAUGUGUACAGUUCUUCACUUGUACAGUUUAAUUCAACUUCCAUCAAAAGGGCGGGCAUGCACCUCUCACUUGUAACUUAAUUAAGUAUAGUUGGAUUAAUAUCAUUCUGUACAAGUGAAGAACUAUCAGAAUUCAAGGGAGUAUUAUUAUAUCGGUUGAGAAAUCUAGAAAUUUGAUUUAGGUUUGGAUUAAGGAAGAAGGGAAAGUAGGUCCCGCACCUCUCAUUUCCGGAUCUUGCUUACUUUGUAUGCAUGUAGCAAACUAAUUUUGAAAUAAAAAAUGGGUAGUAAACCGUGGACUCUAGUUUGCUGAGUUCUUCACUUGUUUCUGCCUCAGGUCCAAAUGGAAGCGGUAAAAGCUCUCUAUUUAGGGUGCUUGGUGGUCUUUGGCCACUGGUGUCAGGCUACAUCGUUAAACCAGGAAUUGGUUCCGAUCUCAACAAAGAAAUCUUUUAUGUGCCUCAACGACCAUAUACAGCUGUUGGAACAUUACGUGACCAGCUGAUUUAUCCCCUCACAUCAGAUGAAGAAACAGAACCGCUUACACACAAUGGAAUGGUUGAACUACUGAAGAAUGUAACACUCCGUCCUUUGAUCCAUGUUGUUUAUUUGGAAUUUCCAUCACCAUUUGCUUCCUUUGUUGAUUGAUGGGCUACUGCCGUUAGUAGAUAUGAUAAAAUGUUUGUAUUUUUGAUAGGUUGAUCUAGAAUAUUUAUUGGAACGAUAUCCACCUGAAGAGGAGAUUAAUUGGGGUGAUGAACUCUCUCUUGGUGAGCAGCAGAGAUUAGGGAUGGCCCGGUUGUUCUAUCAUAAACCUAAAUUUGCUAUUCUUGAUGAGUGUACAAGUGCUGUCACGACCGAUAUGGAGGAAAGGUUUUGUGCUAAGGUCAGAGCAAUGGGAACAUCAUGCAUUACUAUAUCUCACCGUCCUGCACUAGUCGCAUUCCAUGAUGUGGUUUUAUCAUUGGAUGGGGAAGGAGGAUGGAGUGUUCAGUACAAAAGGUGAUUCAGUGUUUGUAUCUUUUUUCCUUGCUUCUUUUUUUUAUGUUGUAAAACUUAGGUCGCUCUGUAAUUGUCAGGGACAAUGCAUUUUCUGGAGUAUCAAGAAGUUUAUCAGUAACAUCAGAAACUGUUCGCAAAGCUGAUGCAAUUGUUGUACAAAAUGCUUUUUCUGCAGCUGGAAAGGUCCACAACCACUUCCAUCUAGAAUGUUUUACUUUUGUUUGAUUCAUGUGCUCUUUGCCCGACUAUUAUCCAUUAUCAUGUUUCGUUAUGCCUGCAGAAAUCAUUCUCUGAUUCCAAGGUGGACAAUUACACAAUGAGAGUUAUUGCUUCAUCUCCAGAAAUGUAUACAAAUCAAUUGCCUAUUGUUCCACAAUUACAGAAUGUGGCAAGGCCCUUGCCACAGAGAGUAGCUGCAAUGUUUAAAGUACUGGUAUAUAUCUUGUCUUUAGCUGAUCUGUAUUUUUCUCGUUAUAGCUCAUGAUUGAAGGGCUAACAAUGAUUAGAUUCUUCUGGAUGGCUAGCAAAGUUUAAAUCUAGUGAUUCUCUUCUCUACUCAAGGAGUUUGAUGUUACUUCUUAUUUGUACCCCAGCGCACAUUAAUUUCUGAGUGUUUUUAGAAAAUUUCAAUGAUAUAAAACUGGUCGUUUCAUACAGCUUAUAGAGUAUCAUUUUUCUGAUACAGUAUCAUUUCUGUCGGAACCGGGUUCCUGAUCUGUUUACACCGGGAAGAGAAACGAUCAUAUACAAGACAGCUUACCUUAGUUAGUCAGUUCUGAUAUGGGUGCCUAUUAAACUCCCCUCUUGAAAUACAACGGCCUGAGGAAAGAGAGAAAGUGAUAGCUACAUAAACAGACAAUGCUAGAGAAAAUGGGGAAGAGGCUGGAGAGCAGGACAAAGACAUCUGCUGGCGUUGAGCAGUGUACGUCCUUGUCUGCACUGCGCAUCACCUGACAUUGCUGCUUGUUCCCUCCACCUAAAAAGUUGCGUCCUCCUCAACGGGGAUUCAAAAUAUGACUCGCGUAAAACCUGAAUUAAUUAGACGAAAAAAAAUCUGCUUCUAGAAUCUAUGAUGGCGUCAUUCCUGUUUGACUGAGGAUAGUAGAUAAAAUGAUAGCUAGGAUAAUUAUGUUCAAUAAGACUGUAGUGCAAGAAAAAUCAUAUUUACAAUGUGGGGUGAGAAGAGAAUGUAUGAGUUGAUGUUUGAGAAUCCUAAGUCAAUGCAUAUGUUAGAGAAAUGCUAGGGGCAGCGGCAAUAGGUCUUGUAUGCUCAAUUAGUUGAUCCCUUCUGCCAUCCAUUAUCACCCAUCACUACGCACGGCCUGCCAUGUCUUCUUGCCCCCUUUACUUGAUCUUUUGCAUUUUUCAACAUAGUUGAUAAUCUCCAUUUGGCGUAGUCUGUUUUAUCUAUGACUGGCAUGAGAACCCUCUGGGAAAAAGUUCAUCUGAUUUUUUUAUUCUUCCAUGCACAAUGAUCUACCUCAAGUUGUUUUUCUCAUUCAACUCCAUUUUUGGUACUUGAACUAACUUGGGCUCUUUGCACGAUUUGAUAUCGAUUAUUUCAGGACGUAAGUUUUCUCAUCUUCUUAUUAUUAUUUUUUCGGCUUCUUUAUUAACAGGUUCCGACACUAAUGGAUAAACAAGGUGCACAGCUAUUCGCAGUUGCAUUGCUUGUUGUGUCUAGAACAUGGAUUUCAGAUCGCAUUGCUUCGUUGAAUGGUAAAUCUGAUUAAUUUAGUAAUCAUGUCAAAACCACAUGCAAUAUUGCUGCAACCUUUCACGUUUACAGGAACAAGUGUGAAGUAUGUUCUGGAGCAGGACAAAAUGGCUUUCGUUCGACUAACUGGCAUUAGCGUCCUCCAAAGUGCAGCAUCUUCUUUUGUUGCUCCUUCACUUAGGUAUAUAUCUGUAUCUCGGAGAGGCUUAGUAGUCAAGUUGUUUUCCAGAAAUGAUGUAUCCUUGCACAUCCAUCGGACUAAAUGGGGAUGAAAAUUGAACUUGUGCAAUGAUAUUAUUGUAGCUGGCGCUACGAUAUGAUAGUCCAUUUGACAAUGGGAUUUUGACCGUAUUCUCCUUUUAUGCCUUCUAUUCCAUCCAAAUCCUAGAAUCUGGCUCCGCCUGCUACAGUGACGCUGCCUAGCUGUUGUAUACAAUAUUCAAACUUAUCUCACUCUCAAAUGAGAGUCCGAGACUAUCAUCCUGCCUGUUCCUGCCAGAACCUAGGACAUAGGGAUUUUAAUGUUACCUCAUCAUACUUAAAUGAAUAUUUUCAGUUUUUUUGGUUCCUCGUUGCAAGUAAUUUUGUAUAAUGCUUACCUCCUGCUAUUUUUAGAAUUUUGUUAGCAAUACACAUUUCCAAUGUGGAAUAAAUUUGUGACUAAUGCUGAAAUAAAUUGAUUGAUUUCUCUGGGAAAUAUUUCCUAUAUACGAGAGUAUUAUGUUGCAUAAAGAGAAGUUCAUUUUUGGUACGAAUCAAUGAAAUCAUUUAAACUCUCAGCUAGCUUGAAUUUCAUUAUUGGUGGUACAUAUGCCUUCCCUUUCGACAUAUUUCUCUUCGAUUUGUGUUCACUUUUGAUUUGGACGCUCUGAUUCAGUUUCUGACAUUCGGUGUAUUAACCUGCAAUGAGAUCCUUGUCUCUUUUCUUUAUUUUUUUACCUUUUUUCGGUUUUUUAGUACAUUUUCUAGUAUUAAUUUUGCAGAUAAUUCUUAGGAAUUUAAUUUCGAAGAUACUCCCUUCAGGUGUUUUAUUUUUUGUCCAUCUCAUCUGGUUAAAAAAUUCUGGAAGAUAAUUUGAUGAUGUUGGCCAUGUAUGUGGGGAAAGAAACUGGUCGACCAACUGCUCCUUAUUGGCCGAAAGAUCAAGUUGGCUUUCCUAAUAAGAAAUUCCCCAGAGAUAGGGAAACUGUUCCUCGCCUGGGUAUAAUUACCAUUAGUGUAGUUUUUAUCUUUUCUCAACUGAACUUAGGUGAAGGAAAUGCCAUGACAAGAUAAGGUAAGUCAGAAUGACCUUAUUAAUGAUCAAAUUACUUUCUAUAAGGAACUCUCUUAUUGGAUACCAAAAGAUGCUAUCCACUUCAAGGGUUUUUUCUGUCAUAAAGAGGCAAGGUGCAAAUAAAAUGCUCUUAGGUCGAGUAAAAUAUGAUGACACUGAGGAAAGAUAUACACGCAAUUUCUUUUCUUAGAAGUGUAUUUUGCAGUAGAAUUUUUUGAAGGCACAUGUGAGAUGAAGCUAAUUUUUUUCUUUUUUUUUCAUUAGUAUGAACUGAAUGUUAGCAUUCGAUAAUUUGAUAUAUUUUAAGUGGGUCUCAUGCUCUUACUUGCGUUUAUUUAAACGAUUCGUCUUUACUAUUUUUAGAGUUGAAAUUUUCUUUUUGUCUGCAUGCAGACAUCUAACGGCCAAACUGGCGCUAGGAUGGCGAAUCCGUUUGACCCAACACCUUCUUAAAACCUAUCUGAAAAGGAAUGCUUUUUACAAGGUAUGCGGUUCUUUUUUAUGUUGGAAGGAUGAUGUAUAACUUACUUAUUUAUAAGGUUUUUUGGUAAAUUGAUGUGGCUGUCAGGGCUGUGAGAAGAAUGACGAUAUUAAUGAUUUUUUAUCGCAAAUUGUGUUGCAUUUUUUAUGCCUUCCUUCUAAUGAUAAGCUAGGUAUCCUCUGGAUUUCCUUGCGUUUUCCUUUUUUAGACAUUUUUUUUGUUGGGGGUUUGAUGGCUGGGUGGUGUUGGGGGAAGAGGGGGGACUCUCAUGUUCUUCAUAUGACCUGAAAUAAUACACGUUUUUGGGGUCUCCAAUUGGCAUUUAUGAAAUAAAAUUGUAUCCGUCUUUCCAUAGGUGUUCCACAUGUCCAAUGGAAAUAUUGAUGCAGACCAGAGAAUAACACGCGAUGUGGAAAAGUUGACGGGUGACAUCUCAAGCUUAGUAACUGGAAUGGUUAAACCAUCAGUUGACAUUCUUUGGUGAGUUAUUAGGUUUUGCUUUUUUUCCUCUGUAUCAUUUUGCUUAACCUAAAAUUGUGUUUGUCUAAAUGGACAGGUUUACAUGGAGAAUGAAAACGCUAACUGGUCGGAGAGGGGUUGGUAUACUAUAUGCUUACAUGUUACUUGGCUUGGGCUUUUUGAGAAGUGUUACACCUGAAUUUGGUGACUUGUCAAGUAAAGAACAGCAGCUUGAGGGAAAAUUUAGGUAGGAUAAACUGUUCCGUAUUUUUAUGAAUCGUAAUAUUACUCUAUCUUUCUCACCCUCCACUUUGGUCUGGUGUACUACUGCAGUCGUUUAGUUUCAUUUUCUCCUGCAUUUCUAUAGAUUCAUGCAUUCAAGACUUCGUGAGCAUGCGGAAUCAGUAGCCUUUUUUGGCGGUGGCUCUCGUGAAAAAUCUGUAAGAUAAUUGUAUUUCUCGCUUACUUGUUGGUUGAUUAGACAUGGCAAAUAUAAUGACCUUUGCUUUUAGGUGGAAUUUGCACUUAUAGAAAUAACUUCUGAAUGUGUUAUUCUUUGUAACGUCAGGAUUGAACCAUCUCAUCAUCUGACAGCUUGUGUUCGUGAAGUUGAUACCAUGCUAAUUUUAUUUGCAGAUUUUCAAGAUAUUCCUAGUUAAAUGUCAAUACGACAAUUUACUCAUUCUUUUGCUUUAGUCUGUUUCCAGAUAUUGUGAUUUUUAACAUUUUUUCCCAUGCUAAACAGAUGGUUGAUGCUAGGUUCAAAGUGUUGCUUGACCACUCUAAGAUGUUAUUGAAGAAAAAGUGGCUCUAUGGUAUAUUGGAUGACUUUGUGACAAAGCAACUCCCUCACAAUGUAACUUGGGGUCUCAGUUUAUUAUAUGCUAUGGAGCAUCAAGGAGAUCGUGCCCUAACAUCCAUACAAGGUGCAUGAAACGAAGUUACUACGUGAAUUAUGUAAUAAUUUUGUGCUCUAAUUCUGCUUCCCAAUUCGUUCACAGGAGAGUUGGCACAUGCAUUGCGCUUCUUAGCUUCUGUCGUAUCACAAAGUUUCCUAGCAUUUGGCGAUAUUCUCGAGUUGCACAGAAAGUAUCUUGAGCUUACUGGUGGCAUCAACCGUAUAUUUGAGCUGGAGGAGUUCCUUGAUGCUGCCCAAAGUGGUAAAAAACUGUCCAAAGUAGUUUUUUCUUAUGUACAUUGUUGGUGCUUGGAUUACCAUGUUCUUCGAAUUGAACAUUCAGAUGCAAGGACUAUUUGUAAACAUUACUGAUGCAAAACUUUAAGUUGCAUGUCUCUCUCUUGGUUUAAUAUUACAUUUUUUAUUAUUCAAUGCAAAACUUUGUAAUUAUUGUAGUGGGUGCUUUGAUUAGUGAUUGCCUGGUUUGGUGGUAUAUUUUAUGCCUUGUUUACCGGUACCUCUUAGUAUCCAGUUUCCAUUCUCUUUACAUAUCAAUUUUCUCUACUUAAUGCCGUAAGCAUCUUUUGCACUAUUGAUCUAGAGGAGUGGUACCCAAAUCUCUUGUCAAUCAGUGUCAGUUAUUGUCUCAUAUGCAGAGAUUCAACUGUCUUAUGGCUCAAGAACAUCAUCUCAAGGGGAAAUUGUGGCAGCCGAUGAUAUUAUUUCUUUCUCUGAGGUUGAUGUUAUCACCCCUGCCCAAAAGCUGCUGGCCAGACAGUUGACCUGUGAUGUAGUACAAGGCAAGAGUAUGCUUGUGACUGGUGAGGGAAUGUGUAAAUAUAUGUUUUUAUUUCACUGAAUUGAUUGGGAAAUACCAUGAAUUCAGUUUCUCAUAAUUCCUAAACAUUUUAAAGGACCCAAUGGAAGUGGCAAGAGCUCUGUUUUUAGAAUCCUUCGAGGUCUGUGGCCGAUUGCAAGUGGGAGGCUCAUUAAACCCUGCCAGAAUAUUCAUGAAAGUGUUGGGUCAGAAUGUGGUCUUUUUUACAUUCCUCAGCGGCCGUACACUUGUCUUGGGACUCUGAGGGAUCAAAUAAUUUACCCACUUUCGCAUGAAGAAGCAGAGCAGAGGAUCCUUCGUCUACCAGGAUGUAAGUGCAAUUUACCACUUCCUGCUGAGCUAGAUGCACUGCGGUUUCCUUUUCUGUGGGAUUUAAUUCCCCCCCCCCUCUCUCUCUCUCUCUCUCUCUCACACACACACACACACACAUCUCUACCCCUCUCUGUACCUCAAUCUACCUGCCUAUUUGUUAUGUUUCAAGUGGUUCACAAGCCAUUUGUGAUCGAUCUAAGCAUGGCAACAGUCGCUGUGACAUUGCAACUAUGCCAUUUGGCAUAGUUGCGAUCAAGAAAUAUGAUUCUACUUCGGAUCAAUCAGCCUCUGGAUAUAAUGUCCGGCUCAUUUGAACGAUGGCGCAAUGUAUCAUCAAAUGAGAUUUUUGCUGUGUUCACUGUUCUCUGUAGUAAUUAAUGUUCUUGUCCUCGUCUGUCAGAUACACUGAAUUCGUUUUACAUCUUUUUCCCCUGUUCCCAAAAAUCAAAUCUCUAAUUUCCUGAACCCGUUUGUUGUCCCAACUUGCCUGCUCUCAACUUGUGAGACCUGCCAAAAAAUUGGCGUUGGUACAGUAGUUUUCAUGCUAAUAUUAGGUUUUCUAUGUACCUGAUUAGUAUUCAUGUUCUUCGUCAGGUGAUACACCGAUCACCUCUCCCCCAUUGGAUGCGCAUCUCCGGACAAUUCUUGAAAACGUCAGACUGGUCUAUCUUCUCGAAAGGCAGCAAAAGGGUUGGGAUGCCACUCCGAAUUGGGAAGACAUCUUAUCUUUGGGAGAGCAGCAGAGACUCGGCAUGGUCAGCCGUUGGAACUUCGAUCUCAGCUUUCUGUUCACCUUCUCCUGCUUUGUACCAAACGCUUAUAACACAGAUCUUUGUUUUGCCCAGGCUCGGUUGUUCUUCCAACAUCCCAAAUUCGGCAUCCUCGACGAGUGCACGAAGUGACUCCACAGACUUUACUUUUCACUCUCAUUCUUCUUUCCUUUCGCUCAUUGUUUAUUUUCUUGUGAAAAUCCGACCCAAUUCCGUAUUUCUUCCUUGUUUCAGUGCCACAAGUGUUGAUGUGGAAGAACACCUUUACAGAAUUGCAACAGAGCUGGGCAUCACGGUGGUCACAUCUUCCCAGGUAAAGGACCAUGAUCUCCCCUGUUUAGCCUUGUGCCGUUUCGCAUCCGGACCAACUCCAUCGCUCCUAAUCGGUUCCCUGUCAAAUCUUCUGCCAUUUCUGAAGAGGCCGGCGCUCAUACCAUUCCAUUCCACGGAGCUGCGCCUUAUCGAUGGCGAAGGCAAAUGGGAGCUACGCUCGAUCAGCCACGAAUCAAUCGGCUAA